GUUUCUGAAGACGAAUCCUCUCUCGAAGUAAUGACGAACUCAAGAAUGAUGUAUUCUGCACUGAGUUUUCUUCUAUCAGUGGCGUUUGCCGCCGGUACUCCUAUGUUGGCGGAUAAUUUUCAUGACUCGGAGCUGAAGCAACUAUUCGGAGUGGACAAUCUCCACGAUGCUCCCGAGUAUGAAAUUAUUUACCCAAAGUACGUAACUGAUGACGUGACACGAGGCAUAUGCAGCGAUGCUAUUGUUGGAGAUUCACUCAAUAUAAACAUAGACGCCUUUGGUAACAACCUCAAGUUGGUCGUGCACCAAGACUCCAGCCUCUUCUCCGAAGACUUUUACGCAGAGAAGAUUCAGGAGAAUGGACAACCGGUUCCUUUGUCAGUUCGCACAGAUUGCUUUUACACGGGGGAGGUGGAGUCGGAACCAGACUCUAUGAUUAGUCUGUCAACCUGCUCCGGCCUGAAUGCGAUAGUUUACCAUGCCAAUGGGCCAACGGUUAUCGAGCCACUCACCCAUGAUACAGACAACAGUAGAGGGCGUGCUCACGUUGCCUACAAACAAAGAUCGGGACGCACCUUUAACUGUGGCACUUCUGUGGAUUUUAGUCAAGGGGUAAGGUCUCCAUCUAAAAAGAAUACGGUCCAUCAAGAAGCUCAAAAAACACUGGAGCUUGGAGUUUUCGUCACAGAUGACAACAGCGACAAGACAGAAGCUGCAACUCUCACGGUUAUUCAAGCGAUCAAAGUGUUCAUGGAGAAACCAUCCCUCGGGACGACCUUGAAACUCAAAUGUGUGUCUCUGAUCAUCUUUGGCGGUGACGGCCCUGCUGUUCCUGCAAACCCAUACAAGGCAUUAAGGGAACUCGGUAAUGACCAGUUGUCUCGCAAUGUAGAGGAUGACGCCGACCCCAAACAUUGGGACAACGCGCUUUACUUGGUCGGGAAAAAGAUGUUCGAUGCUCGCGACAGACACGUCCAAGGGAUUGCCCAUAUAAAUGCAGGAGGUUACGAUCUGAAGGCGGUUGCAAUCGCUACAUGGGAUACUGGAGUUGCAGAAGUAGCUGCCCAUGAAUUGGGACACAAUCUUGGCAUGAGACACGAUGGAGCGGACAACACUUGCCCAAGGAGUGGCUUUAUCAUGACGGUAGGGGGCGAGCUAGGAGCUACGGAAUGGUCGACCUGUAGCAAAGCUGAAUUCGACACCAGAAUGGGCGAAACAACUGUGUAUGAUGAUUAAACAUGAAGGUUAUCUUCGCUACGAGAUUCUACGGAUCCUUGCUUAUUGAUUCCGACUUCAAUAUGUGAGAUAAUUAAUUUUUGUUUUGGUUCUGUAGUCCUUAAAAGCUCUAGCAUUUAUUUUCCUUAGGUUAUCGCGGUCUUAUUUAACAUGAAGCAGACUAUACAGCCCCAUUUAAAGACAGGAUAUACUUUAAGUAUUAAAUGGCAACAGACCAGUCCUCACUUGAUGUAUCGCAACAUGAAAACAGAUUAUAAAAAACCUGUAAAAUUUGGGCUCAUUUGGUCAUACCAUUUUGCCACCAAAUUUAAAAAGGAAACAAAAACCAAAAUGUUACAGAGAAUGUGUGCUUCUAGAUGCCUUACAAAAGGCUUCGUGUCUCAUUCCUUUAUUUGAGAUUCAUAUUUUAUUUUUUUAUUUUUUUUUGGGGGGGGGGUUUAACACUUACCCCUUAUUCUAAAAAACUACAUUACUUCAAGUAGUCGUUUCUAUGUUUUAUUAAUAACAGCUUUCAUGUGCUCAUUAUUAAGUGAAUUUUCACACUCAUUAAUUUGUGGAGUAAUAAUCAAAGAAAACCACGCCUUUAUUUUAAUAGUAAAUUUACAAUUAUACGAAUCAGGAUACAAAUUGGAAAACAGCCUCAAAGUGUUUUAAAGAUUUAUAAAUAAAUAGAAAGAACCAUCUAAUACAUCGCCUGUGUUUCAUCAAGAUUAAAUAUGUUAUGGUUAGACCAGAAUGUUAGAAAAACAAAAUAUUAACAAUCUUGUGCCUUACAAAUGAUGUAUUUUAAUUACUAUUAACACAAUAUUACAUUACACAAAAUGCGAAACAAGUAAACACAGUAAUCAUGUGUCAAUAAUGACUGCGAUCAAACAUUUGCAUUUGUAGAACUUUAUUUAAACUAAUUAAAUAAAAAUUCAAAGGUGGAGGUAUUUAAAUAUUGGUGUCAGUGGAUAAAUUAAAAUAAAUAAAUUAGAAUAAAUUAAAAUUAUAAUGCAACAAA